GUGCGAGCGCUUAGUAAUUAGAAAAAAGUCCGCAACUAAGGAUAUUUAUAGGGACAUGACCGACGGGGAGAUUUACGUUCGACUGAGUCCACAAACAACCCGCUGCGUCAUGGUUCUUCCUGGGCUUCAGGUUUGGAGAUGGAUACUCUUUGCCUGCAUUCACUGGCUUUGUGUUGUCAAGAGACUCUAAGACCGGUUUACAUGGUGCCAUUCCUGCAGUGAUCCAGGCAGGCUCAGAGGCCAAGCUUUGUGCCAGCCUUCUGCAGCCCAACGAGACCCUGGUCAUGACCGUAUCUCUGAUGGCCGACGGGCAGAACAAGAGACUUCUCCACCAGAGUUCUGACCAAGAGUUUCACCGCUGUUUCCAGUUUCAGGCCCUCACGUGAAGAGCGACAAAGUGCAGAACUUUAAGGUGGAGUUCGAGGGGAAACAUUUCUAUCCACAAGAGAAAGAAGGGUCAUGAUCAAACCCUACAGCCCAUGACGUUCAUCCAAACGGACAAACCAAUCUACAACCCAGGACAAACGGUGCAUUUUAGAGUCGUCACCUUGGAUACCCAUUUUAGCCCCGUCAAUCAGCUGUACAACAUUGUGGAACUUGAGGAUGUUAAUCACAACCGGAUUGGACAGUGGGUCAACACUACAUCCAGUGGCAGCAUUCUGCAGCUUUCUCACCCCCUGAACUCUGAAGCACCUGUAGGAUCCUAUACCAUUGUAGUGUGGAUUGGUGAAGAGAAAAUCUACCACAACUUCAAGGUAGAACAGUAUGUUUUGCCCAAGUUUGAGAUCCAAAUGAACCUCACGGACAAGAUCAGCGUUGUUCAGGAAGAGUAUGAAGUGAAAGUGUGUGCAAAGUGAGUAAACACUAUUGGUGAAUUGCAAUGUACUCUAGU